UAUUAAUCCAUGCGAGACUACGUUAGAUGCACGCUCACAUCAAGCGGUAUAUAACCAAUACCAAUACUCAUGAAUGAAUGAAUGCAUGUAGUGCAACACGUUGUGAAAAUCCGAAAACACCCGAAAGGCAUACAGAGACGCGUGCAUACCAAGGUGCCACGUCUCGUGGAGGGAGGGACUGUAAAACGCUGGAGCCCAAGCGGAGCAGUUGUUUGAACACUGCGGUGUUUGGCUCCGGAGACGGGGGGAGCAGUGACUGGAGAAUUGGUGAGGUGCCAACAGAGACAGCACUCCGGCUCGGCGAUGGAUGGCGUCCUGGAGACGGUGGUAACGCUGGGCCUCUGUAAGGUGGGCUGCGGCCUCCUCUCCCUGACCGCACUCCGGUCCCACCGCAGUGCCGUCGGACUCUGCUGCAGCUGCCUGCUGCUGUUCACCGACCUUGGAGUCACAGCGUUCCUCGCCCUACUGUGGUCGGCCGGAGGCUCCAGACUGCCUCCAAUGUCCGCUCCUAGCGACGUCAUCGCCCUCCGCUUCCUGCUCUUCCUGGGGCAGGCCUAUGGCACAGCCCUGCUCUUGACAGCCCCGCUCGUCGCCGUGGAGAUGGUCUAUAGGAUGAGGCGGCCUCGAGGGCGAGGCUGUGUCGGGCACCGGUGGAUUUCGGUGGCGCUGGCUGGUGGGGACACAGAGGACGGCAGCCAGGAAGCAGCUCUGGCGCCCGGCGGCGCCUUCCUCAGCUGCUUGGUCAUCUGGGUCGUCUGCGGACUCCGCGGACGCCUCGGUGUCAGGCUGGAUGAGCGGCAUGCCAAGGCCUGCAUGCUGAGGACGGGCUCCCUGUCCACCUGCCUCCCUGACAUGCCCGCCAUCACCCUGGCUGCCGUGGGGGACCCUGUACUGGCACUGUUCGGGCCAGCUCUCCUCCUGGCCUUGGCGCUGAGUAUGAGUCUGCCCAGGAGUGAGCCGACCCAAAGCGGCACAGUACCAGUUUACCCUGGGCACCUCCCACCCGUAUCCUCGUGUGCCCCGGAUGCUGCGGGCUCUACUUCUAAAACCAGCGAGUCUCCUGUCCCUCAGCAUGUCACCGUGAUGCUGGAUCCCUCUAGCCGCUCCCUGCAAAUGGCCAUCCCCCUGGGACACAUGGCACAGGGGGCCCACAUGUGGGGGCGGGUCACUUCCUGCCUUCGAGGAAGGGUGCUGACCGGACUCGCAUGCAGCAUUGCCCUCUACCUCUUCCCCCCCUCGAUAAGUGUCAAUGUGGUACUGAUCAGGUACCUGGAGUCUCUGGCUGAGUGGACACUGACCCCCCUCCUGUCUUUGUCUAAGGAGGACGUGACUGUCAACCAGCCUCUGCUCACCUUUCGGAGACACGGAUCCCCCAGCCUCGCUGUUCACCUUAUGGAGAUGGCGAGAGAGGCAUGAGAUCUAUGGGCGUGAAACGCCCAGCUUCACGCCAGGCGACCAAGCUGCAACAGGCCUUUAGAUUGCCUGCACCGCAGAGAGCAGAAGCGUGUCAGUCCCUGUCUUCUGAAGAGCAUGAAGAGAAUCCCUCAGCCUCAAAGCGAAUCACAGGCUAAAACUCGCCGUCACUCUUGCUCAAAAACUGACGGGGGCUUUUGGGGUCCGUGUCUGGUGAAACUGUACAUAAAUCUCUCAGGGAAAAAAUAUAUAAAGGAGCUGACAGGCAGAGCAGGGGGAUAGAGACAGAAACAGCGGUGGAAACGGCGGCCUUUAACAGAUGGGCAUCUCUUUUAUGUGGAUGUUAUGGUUACGCAGAGCCAAUCACAUUCUUCUGGAUUUGUUCGGUUUGUAUUGACAGGUUUGUUCCUGGUAUUUUCAUUGGCCCUCGGUACGGUAUAAUCCUCACGUAUACUGAUAGUACCUCCUGCCAAAAUUCCUCCUGGCAAACAUGCCGGUGAAAUUCCUCACUUUCAUUAACCUGUGACGACAAACCGGAAACCUUAGCGAUGAAGUCCAACAGCAGAGGUCUCUCGGCAACCACUCUUGAUUGAAGGGAGGAGGGGGGGGUACUGGGAAAACGGAGCUCUAAGCUGAGGAAAAAAGUUUGCUUGGGGUGGGGGUGCUGGUGUAUUUUUGUAGCUGCCUUUCUUGCUCUGAGGGGCGUGAUUCUAUGGGGGAAACAUUCAGCAAAUCUGUGCUCAGACUUGCGUAGGGCAGAUGUUCCUAUAGCAGAGAGCCUGGAGCUAAUGGGGGGGGGGGUACCACCCAGGCCCACACAUGUUCACACUGCCCCCCAACGUUGCAGCUAGUUGCUGCCCACCUUGUUUUAGUGUGUAUGACGGUUUGAGAAUAAAUGGCACUGUG